UUUAAGGGGCAACUAGAUCUGAUCCGAUCCAUACUUCAGUAGGGUCCGUCUGGUCCUAAGAUUUCAGGCAGUUGAUUUUAUCGUUCCUGAUUACAUAAGCUCUUCCUUUUUGAUAUCUUGCUAUUCUAUGGCUCCAAUUACAUUUCAAAUUUUGAAACAGCUAGGUAGACAUAAUAUCAUAAGCAUCAAGGUUUCAAGUUUCAACCCUGAUACAAUGUUGAAGAAGUCAUUCCAUCACCGGAAUGGUUCCGGCGAGCUCGACGUGUUCGAAGCGGCUCGGUAUUUCUCAGGGUACAAUGAAGCAGCGAGCUACAAUUGUGGAACAUUAAUCAGCCAAAAGGUAACGCGGGACGAGAGGCAGCCAUUGAAAGGAGAUCGGAUCAGCUUGGAUGUAGCGAUGAGAAGAAACCCUCUUCUUCACCAGUCUCAUUUGGUGGAAAAACAUGCCAAAGAGAAGAAACACAAGCAACCAAGCUCCCCAGGUGGUAAACUUGCUACCUUCUUGAACUCUCUUUUCAAUCAAACAGGUUCCAAAAAGAAGAAAAAUUCGAAAUCCACCACACAAUCCAUGAAAGAUGAAGAAGUGAGCCCUGCUGGGAGAAGGAAAAGGAGGAUUAGUAUCAGCCAUUUUCGUAGCUCUAACACGGUUGAUACCAAGUCCUUUUAUUCUUCUUCAAGCUCUGGUUUCAGAACACCACCUCCUUAUACAGCCACACCUACAAAAAGGAAUGAGACAUCGAAGCUCAUUGAUGGGUUCUUAGAAAAGUACAAGAAUAUCGAACCCCAUCAUCAGGAUAAGAAUAUGAACAUUAGGGUUGAUCGAUAUCAAUCAGAAGAGAAAGAUUUCAGUAAGUUGUGUGAGGUUGAUGAUGGUGCAGAUAGUGAUUCAAGCUCUGAUCUUUUUGAGUUGCAAAGCUAUUCAAGUGGUUUGCCUGUGUUUGAAACUACAAACAUGGAUAGCUUCAAGAGGGGAGCACCGGUUUCCAAUGGUGCCCUUUGAGACUAUACUCUUUUUCAAACUUUGGCUUCAUUUGUUUUUCAUCUUCAUUAAAGACUGUGAUAAUUAACAGAUAUUGAAUGCUUUUCAUUUCUCUGUGUGUACAGUUUGGAAUUUGUUUGUUUGUCUUUCCUUUUCCAGCCACUUCUUUUCAUGGAUUAAUGCAUAAACCUCAAAAGUCCUCCAUUU